CCAGCCUGCCCCCUCACUUUGAUCCUCCAGUUGCUCACAGGAAUAAAAAUGGUAAGAAUCUGAAAAGGAGCCACUGAGAAUUAAAUGCUUAGUCGAAGCCAACAAUGGCCUGAUCACUGACGGAAGCGCCCCAGGCUAUGCUAGGGAUCUCUUUCGGUUUUCCUCCUCCAUCGGGAUCAUCGGGCACGUGCAGACCAUUACCUGCUCACUUCCGGGGGAACAGCCAAUCACCGUGCGGGCUGAGUGUGCGCCUCUAACGAGGAACCCGCCCACCCCAGGCUUGUUGGAGUCUCGGUCCCACGCUGCACCGGCUCUGAGGGUUCUGCAGUCUCAGGUCUGAGAGGGGCUGAGCGGUCUGUUCCAGGAAGGAUUCCUUGUCUUGGACCUAAGGCCACUUUUUUGAACCAUAAACCCAUUAAGCUUGACUUCACGUCAUUGAGUGGGAAGAGCAGCAGGCCAGCUCGUGUGUUCUCAUAUGCAAUAGACUGCAGCCUGUGGCGUGUUUUUGUCACUAGACCCUGAAGCUAAGGGGCAGAGGGAUAAACAAGUUUGUAGAGGCUGCCAUCAAUAUACCAAGCCAGUGAAACAGAGCUGUUCAGUUUGCAAGGUCUGGAGGAGGAUAUCCACUGCUGACUCUCGAGCGCUAGAGAGCCAGGUCUCAGUAAAGGACGUGUUACCUUACCCAUCGCCUUUGUUCACGGCUCAAUGGAGUUUGUGACAGCCCUGGCAGACCUCCAAGCAGGGGCUAGCUGUCCCAUCUGUUUGGACUACUUGAAAGACCCAGUGACCAUCAGCUGUGGGCAUAACUUCUGUCUCUCCUGCAUCAAUAUGUUCUGGAAGGAUCUAAAUGAUACCUUCCCCUGCCCUUUUUGCCGAUUUUGUUGUCCAGAAAGGAAAUUCACAAGCAAUCUCCAACUAGGCAAUUUGACUGAAAUUGCUAAGUUACUCCAGAUAAGAAGAAGCAAGAGGAAGAGGCAGGAAGAGAAUCUUGUAUGUGAAAAGCACAAUCAGCUUUUGGCCUUUUUCUGUCAGAAGGAUCUAGAGGUUUUAUGUGCACAAUGCAGUUUCUCCACUGACCACCGGAAUCACUAUGUUUGGCCCAUAGAGAAGGCUGCCGCCUAUCAUAGGAAAAGGUUGGAGCAUUACAUUGAGCCGUGGAAGGAGAGAGUGGAACGGGUUGAAAAAGUGAUAACUAUGCAAACCAGAAAAUCAUUGGAACUGAAGAAAAAGGUAGAAUAUAGGAGAGAGGAAAUAAAGUCUGAAUUUGAGCAACUUACAUUGUUUCUUCAAAAUGAGCAAGAGACUGUUCUUCUGCAAUUAGAAGAUGAAGAAAUGGAUAUUUUAUCAAAACUAAAUGAAAACCUAACAAAAUUUUCAGAUCAUGUUUCCACAUUAAAAUGUCUAUUAAAGGAGAUACAGAGCAAAUAUGUGAAGUCAGAACUGGAACUUCUGACAGAUGUUAAAAGUAUGUACCAUAGAUAUAAAACCUUAAAGGCCCCUGAACCUUUUUCAUUCCAAUUAAAAGAAUACGGUUACUGUCUUCCUCCACAAUAUUCUGGCCUAAACAAAAUUAAGCGAUUUCAAGUGGACGUCAUUCUAGAUCCUGAAACAGCACAUCGUAAACUUAUUGUCUCAGAAGAUAGAAAAACUGUGGAAUAUAGAAAUACACUGCAAAACUUACCUCAUAACCCAAGGAGAUUUUAUCUGUGCACAGCUGUUCUGGGUUCUGAGGGGUAUGAUUCUGGCAGGCAGUAUUGGGAGGUGGAAGUGAAAGACAAGCCUGAAUGGAUCCUGGGUGUCUGUAAAGACUCUCUUCCCAGGAGGAGGAGGAAUCAGAAUCAACUGAUGUUAGCACGGGACGGAUUAUGGGGUAUUGGGCGAUGUAGUGAGAGUAAUUAUAUUGCAUUGGGUCCUAAAAAAAUUAAUCUUUUGCCAGCAGUAAUACCUAGUAAGAUCGGCAUUUUUUUGGAUUGUGAUUUGGGUGAAGUUUCCUUUUACAAUUUGAAUGAUAGAUCUCUUCUCUAUAUGUUUAAUGAUUCUUUUACAGAAGCAUGUUGGCCUUAUUUCUAUGCUGGAACUGAUUCAAAACCUCUUAAAAUCUGUACGAUAACAGAUUCUGAAUGAUGAACUAUUGUCAGACUCUUGUUUCUUUUUCUUUUCAGUUAGUGGACAAAACUAAGCCAGUGAAUCUAGUCUGAACAAUAUCCGUUUUUAGUUUUCCCUUUAAACAAUCAGAAUGGUUUUUAUCUCAGUUUCAGCAGCUGCUAAAAAAUGUGGUUAUAAUGCCUACUUUACAGAUAAAUUGUGAGAUCCAAUUGGAAAGAGCUUUACAGAUUCUAAGAUUGGAAAGAUAUGCUUAAAAAAUAAUAAACCUUUAUGAAAGGCAUAGAUGAACCCCUCCAGGACCACCUGCUCUGUAAAGGUAGCCACUUUCAACUUUCAUCUGUUUAUCUCAAUAUUUCUCAGUAACAUGUUUUGUUCUUUUACUCUGUGUGUGCAUCUUUGUCAAUCUUGACUUAGUACUAUGGAAAAUGAGAUAGUGCACCCACCAUAUGCACACAUUGUGUACUUAUGUAUAUACACACAAUCAAUAGGUAAUCUUCCCUCUGUUCCCAUGUGGACAACAGUCUCUCUAGCUCUCUUUAGCUGCCAUCCUUCACCUCAUGUUGGGAACUGACCUCAGAAUCCCUGUUGAUUCAGUUGUGUUUUCCUCCUUAGAAUUACUCUAUUUGGGCAAUCACAUCUUUCAGGAGAUCACAGAAAUGUAACAUUUAGAAGAAUUUAGAUCAAUGAAAAAGACUGCUGAGCUUUUCCUUGGGAUUGUGGUGAAUCUUUAGAUCAGUUUGAUGAGAACUGACAUCUUGACAAUAUUGAGGCAUCUAAUCCAUGAACUCAUUUGUUUGGGUCUUUAACUUCUCUCCAAUAUUUUGAUGUUUUUAGUAUACAUGUCUUCAGCAUCUGUUGUCAGAUUUAUCCCUAAGUACAGUCCAUUGGCUUUUCUGCAGAGAUGAUCCUGUAACAGGCAAAUAAAAAUGUUUUGACUUCUUUUACAAUCUAGGUCCUUUUUCUUACUUGAUUGCAUUUACUAGGACCUCCAGCACAAUACUGAUUCUUAACAUGUUAUAUAAUUGGUUUUACCCCUCAUUUGACUGCUCACAUUUCCUCUCUGAAUUUCUAUACUUUUAUUACCUAACUUUGAUAUCCCUCAGUCUUCACAUGAAAUAAUUUCUAUUUAAUACUGUCAAUUUAAUAUUAUCUAAUCAUUUCCCCACUGAUGGAUGUUUAUUUAGGUCAGAUCUAACUUUUGCAAAUAAUGUACAAUGAAUGCAUAUUUAUACUUUUAAUGAAAUAUUCAGUAAAAACGUAGAGCAUAAUGGAGAAGAAAACACCCAUGUGUUUUCAAUUACGCUCAAUUUAAUAGAGCGUUAAUAUCACCUUUGAAGAUUCUUUGUGUUCCUCACCCCAGCCUCUUCACUUCCUGGUCCUAUCUAGUUCCGUCCACUAUUCAUAGUUUGUUUGAUAUUCCAUUGUUUUCCUAGCCUUUUGCCAUGGAUGGUUGUAUCCCUAAACAAUAUGUUGUUUAGUUCCACGUGUUUUUAAAUUUUACAUAAAGUCAUUACCGAAUUAUUCUGUCUUAGAUUUUUUCAUUCAACAAUAUGAGUUUCAUCAUGAUUUGCUUAAGGUCUACUUUGUUUUUAUUCUACUUCUGAUGGAUACUCAGUUUGAGACUUUCACAAACAGCUGCUAUGAAAACUACAUGUCUGGUUUCUUUAGAGAGUAGGUUGCUGGACCUUCACCUUCAUUGGAUAAUGUCAAAUUAUUUUCCAAAUUGCUGUGCCAAAUUACAUGCCCACCCAAAGUGUAUAAAUGUUCUUACUGCUCUGCAUCAACAGGACUUGAUUUUUUUAAAUGUUUAGUAGUUCACAAGAUAUUAAAUGUUACCUCUGGUUUUAAUUAUUUCUGUGAUUUCUAAUAGAGUAUAUUUUCAAAGGUUUAAUAAUCAUUUCUGUUUCUCUUCUGUAAAAUAUCUGUUCUUAUUUGUUUCCCCCUGUUUUUCGCUUAGUCUGUCUGUCUCAUUGGUUUAUAAGAGCUCUUUAUAUUUUCUGGAUUUUAGUCCUAUAGCAGUUAUAUUCACUGCAGGUAUCUUCUCCGAGUUUAUCUUACUGUUACUAUGGUGUCUUGAGCAGAAGUUCUUAAAUUUGAUAUAGUUGGUUUCAGUCUUUUGAGGUUUUUAAGAAAUCCUACACUACACCAAGGCCAUUAAAAUGUUCUAGAUGUGCUUCUAAACGUUUUAAUCAUUUACUUGGAGUUGAUUCUGUGUUUGGGAAUAGAAUGGGGCCUGCCUAUGUAUUUGAUUAUGUACAAUGUAUAAAUAACCAAUGGUUACACCACCA